CAGAUAACAUGUUCAAAUAUCGCUAAAAAUGUACCAUGCAUAUUAAAACAUCAGGGAUUUCCAUAUGGUGUAUCAAGACAAAUUAGUUAUUAUCCAAGCGACAAACGACAAAAUGGCUACCCUGUUACCAUGAAGGUGUGGACUGAUGAGGAUUUACAAGUCCAUUACAAAGUAUGUCAGCAAAUUAUCGGCUCGAGAGGGAAACGGAUAAAAAAACUGAAAUCAAAAACUAAACUUAAUUUUACAGUUACCGCCAACAAAGUAAGUGACCAUUUACUGGUAAGUGGGACAAAUGCCGAAGAAGUGAAUAUUGCAGUGGGAGAAAUAAAAAACGAAAUUGCAAGGAUACGCGAAUCUCUUCAAACAGAAGUUCUGUUUGAAAAAGUCUUCACAGAUGAUGAUGCUGAUAUUCAUAACAGCAUAUGUAAAUUGUUUAUUGGCAAAGGAGGACAAACAUUCGACAAGUUCUUUAGAAAGACUGGUAUUGAUUUCCACGUUGACACCAAGGAACAUGGAUACAUAACUGUAUCAGGGAGUGAAGCAGUGAUAAAGAUCGCUGUGGAAAAAGUAAAGGAGGAAGUAGAUAGAAUAAGAACUGAAGUGAUUGGACGUUUUAGUGAAAAUGUGCCUACAGAUCCAGAUAAUUCUGUCCAUGCAGACAUUUGUAGAAUUUUCAUUGGGAAAGACGGAGAAAACAUCAAAAGAUUGCUGAAGGAAACUGGAAAUAAAUUUGAAAUAUAUUCCCACAGAGGUAACCAGUUCGUUGUCAGUGGGACUGAUGGUGAGAUGUUGAAGGAUGUAGUUGAAAAAGUAAGAGAGGAAGUGGACAAAAUCAGAAAGCAUGUACGGAGGCAAACUGCGGUGACAAAACAGAUAUUUACAGACAAGGAUGCUGAUGUUCACCAGAGCAUAUUUUCAACAAUUAUUGGCAGGAAUGGACAAAACCUUAAGACUUUGGAAUUAGAUUCUGAGGUUAAUUUUGGUCAAAAAUAUGACCCAGAGCGAGGAGAGCAUUUUCUAACCAUCUCUGGAGUUAAUGAUGAAGUUGUAAAACAGACAGUUGAGACAUUAACGGAGGAGGUGGAAACAGUAAGGAGAUUUAUUUUGAGCUCUGUCUCAAAAAAGGUUAUCACUCCUGGGAAUGAUGAGGAAUGUCAGAAGAUAUUUGCGAAUAUCAUUGGCAAAAGUGGUGUGAACAUUGAAAGAUUGCGAUUGGAGACUGGAACUCAAUUUGAUAUUUAUACAAGGAAAGGUGAAAAUGCUUUGUAUGUUGUUGUAACUGAUGCUGAAGAUUUAGGAAAUGUAGCUGAAAAAGUGACACAGGAGGUUGACAGAAUACUUCUUUUUCUACAGACACCCAUCAUAAAAAAGGUACCAACAGAUACCAAUGAUUCUUUUCAUAACAGGAUUUGUAGAAAGCUAAUUGGCACCAAAGGAAAGAAUAUCAAAAGACUGAUAUUAGAGUCUGGUCUCAUUUUUGAACUUGAUGUAACAGAAAAAGGUCAUGUGCUGGUGUCCGGGACAGAUGAUGAAAUGGUUAACUUGGCAGUAGAGAGAGUGAAACAGGAGGUGAAAAAUAUAAAGCACGCUUUCAAUACCAGAAUCACAGAGAGAGUGUACACAGAUGAAGAUUAUGAUUUUCAUCAAAAGAUUACUGGUGCCUUUCUAGGCACAAAAGGAGAAAACAUCAAAAGAUUAAUGUCAGAAAUUGGACAUGAGGUUGAAAUACAGGUUCAUAAAUUUAGAGUUGGUUAUUUUCUUGUGCACGGCAGUGACUGCGCAGAGGUGAUUUUAGCAGCUGAUAAAGUCGCAAAAGAAAUAAAAAGAAUCAAGAAAGAGUUAGAUUUAGACUAGGAUAUUGGACUUUGAAACACUUUAACUGAAAUUCAAUCACAGAUAAACAGGUUAUUAUAAUAGACAUAUUUUUUUUAAACACUGUUGAUAACUUGGAGAAUUUUGGGAAAUUCUAUAUACCAUUUUGGGGCUCGCCCACGUUUUUAGAAGCCUGGAUAUUUCCUAGCCAGAAGAUAUGUAUGUCGGUGAUAAAAUUUAUAUACAUUUCUUUGAUGUGCUUGACUGUUAGCAUGAAAGGCUUUUACAAGAAUCCGUGAUUGUUUGAAGUAACAGAACAAAUUUUUCCUUCCCAAAUACAAAAGUUACCAAAGUUGAAGGUAGGAGAUGCAGUUGAAGUUACCAAUAUUCAUGAACAUGUUUUGUAUAAAAACGGCAGUUGAUGGGAAAAAAAAGAAAAUUUAGAUUUGGAUGUUCCUUGGGACAGAUCGAUGUUGUGAAAGUAGUGAAAUGAUAUACUAAGAAAAAUUUAUUUUUCAACAGUUCAAACAUAGGGACCUUAAUUUCCCAUUCAAAGUUUAAUCUAAAGAUAAUAUAGAUGUAUCUGUCACAGAGAUCAUGAAAACACUUUAUAUUUUCUUUAGAAACAAAUUCCUGUAGAGGCUUAUCUGGUGUUAGCCAACAUUACGGUUUACUUAGGGAUGUAAACUGGAAAUACUUGGAACAUUUGACCAUUGUUAACUCUACAUGCAUCCAUCUUUUGGGGAACUACAGUAAAGUGUGUGUCAAAGAGCAUAGUUCAAGGCCAUGUUCAACUUGAAAUAAUCAUUAGACACGUGAGUGGAUGGUUUUUUGUAUUAAUUAACACUUCCACUAUGGUGAUAGCGAGUUGGAAUAUUAAAUAAUGUGAAUUGA